AUGGACCUUCGUCUUCCGGUCGAAAUUAUUAUCAGUAUCCCCCACUUUAUCGACGGUGAUUUCAAAACCUUAGCCGCUGUCGCGCUUGUGAACCGAAGUCUCUGCGAAGAAUCCAGAAAAUUGCUGUACAGAACGGUGGGUUGGAUGCAGGACACGGAUCCCGAGACAUUUCCUUGGGCAAACCCCAGAAUUCUUUCUAUAAAUCCAGCGCUGGCGAAGUACGUUCGCACGUAUACUGUGCAACACUUUGAGACAGAAGAGGCCGACGCUAUUCUCGCACCUCUGUGCCCAGGCCCGAUACUGGACGCCAUGGUCAAACUCGAACACCUGGAUCUCGACAUUUUCCUCAAUCUACCUCCUACAUUUUUGCAAAAUUGCCCCUUCCAGCUCGACAGCCUUCGUUGGAUGGAUACUCUACCAUUCGGCGCGGGCUCCAUUCUUUAUCGAUUUUUAGAAAGCCAGACACAGCUUCGCAAGUUGGAAGUCGAGACGUUGGACAUCAACAGCUUUGUCAAACACCAUCCGCUUCCUCAAACUGCUUGUCCCAAUCUCCAAUAUCUUAAAAGCUCCUACAGCGUCAUUCGUGCAAUCCUUCCCUGUCGGAAAGUCUCUACUCUAGUGUGGAGCUCCAUUACCGGCUCAUAUUCCCCCGUCAACGAAUCCGGUCAUCUAGACAGAGAAUUCAGUCAUCUGAAGGCAUUCACAUACCUGCAGUGGUACUUCAAUGUCCCUUCCAUAUCAUCCAUGGCACGGUAUUUAGCCAAUAGCCUACAAUACCUCAAAAUAUUUUAUGACGAGGAUUUUGUCCUGACACUGCCACAGUUCACUUCCCUCAUGGGCCUCAUAUUUGCCAGGCAACUGAAUGGACGCAUGCUGGAAUGGCCAUCCCCUCUGAACACAGGCCGCCUUUUCGCGCAAUGCCCGACACUUCAAUUUAUAGAUGUUCAACUGGGCACUACCUGGUCAGAGAAAUUUUACCAACGAUGGAUUCCCGACAUUGACCGACAAGUGGGGCUUAGAGAAGCAGGGCAACUGCUUUGUUUGGAUAUAGAGGAUCACAAACGUCCCGUACGCGCACUCAAUUUAGCGUAG